AGAGCUGGGCCCGAUGAAUGGGCCCGGGGCCGGGGGCGGUGCCGGUGGGUGGCUCCGGUCCCGGUCCCGGCCCCGGCCGGUAACUCCGCCUGCCGUAUUUAUGGGAAAACAAGCGGCGGCGGAGCCGAGCGGCCGCGGCGGAGCCUCGUGCCGUGCCGUGCCGUGCCGUGCCGUGCCGAGCCGAGCCGAGCCGAGCCGAGCCGAGCCGAGCCGAGCCGACCCCUACCGGACCGGGCCGUGCGGGAUCGGGCGGAGCCGGGCCAUGGCCACCGCGGCGGCGGCAGCCCGAGCCUAGCGCGGUGGUGGUGUAGAGGAUGCGACGGGGGGGCCGCUGUGGCGGCGGGCGAGGAGCAGAGCUGGGAUGGAACCACUGCAGAGCCCUCGGCCAGGUCAACCCACGCUCCCCCUCCCUGCUGCCGCCAGACCAGGGCCGGCUUCCUUCCUCUGAGGCCAUCUGAAGGGGAGCUGGCGGGAGAAUAGUCGCUUUUAAGAUGACACGAACAGACCCACCUGACAUCCUCGUGUCUACGGUGUACCAAGACAUAAAGGUGGCCACCGCAGCCCCCAGGGAUUCCAUUGUCUGCCAGCCCCUGGCACAAUGUGAUGCCUCCAUGUCCUCAUCCCUGCCCCGCGAGCCGCAGCCCUUCAACAAGCGCCACUGCAGGAGCUUCGACUUCGACGAGUCGCUGGAGGAGCAGCUGGGCACCCCUGCGGCCAUGGAGCACCCGUGCCCGCACCCCGGCACCCCCGAGCCCACGCCAGGGCCACCGGGCAGGCGGGCGCCCCCGAAGCCGGACCCUUACGCCUGCAGAGCCCCGGCACCGAGAAGCGAGCCAAAGCGCCGUGCCCGCUCCAAGAGCGCGCCGCGGGUCAAGACCACCUUCACCCCAGUGCCCAUCGCGGUCUCGGCCUCGCCGCCGCCGGCCCGGCGCGGGCGCGAGGUGCUGCGGGUGGCACGGGAGCCGUCCCGGCCCGAGCCCUCACCGCGCCGUGAGACCCAGGCUCCGCUGCGGGCCAUGGCCAACGAGGUGCACCCCAUCAAGCUGCAGCCGCAGCGCAGCAGCGUCAGCCGCAUCUCCCCGCUCUGCCUGGGCAGCAACUGCUUCGAGGAGGGGCCGGGCGGCAAGGCGGGGGCCAGCCCCCACGUCAAGUGCCGGGUGGACAUCAAGCCGGACGAGGCGGUGCUGGUGCACGCAGCUCGCAGCCUGCGGGCAGCGCAGGGCCGGCAGGAGCCGCCGCGCUGGCCCCGCGCUCCUGCCCGCAGCCUGGCGGUGCCGGGAGGCCGGCAGGCACCCGCGUCCCGCACGCCCACCCCCAGUGACUCCUACAGCGGGGACCCGCCGUUCCUGCCCUACCCCGGGGAGUACUACGAGGCAGACCCCCGCGCACUGGCGUACCAGACAGUGCCGGUGCCGGCCUCGCGGGAGUUCAGGGAAUACCCCGACAGGGGCUGCAUGACUUUCUCUGCUCCCGGCGUCCCCGCCAAGUUCUUCUAUGCGGAGGAGCCGGCGCGAUGCCCCAGCCCCGCCAUGCCUCUGCGCAGCUCCGGCUACGCCAGCUACCCCUACCCCGGCCGCCACGCUGUUCCCCAGCACUUCUACACCGAGGACCCAGCCAAAGCCGCCGUCCACACGGUGCCACCCCGGACGUUGUAUGUGGAGGAGCCUCGGGGCUACCCUGUGCAGGAGGCGCCCGCCCGCGCCUUCUACGGGGAUGAGCCCCGCUUUUACCCCCCUCGCGGCACCCCGGUCAAAACUCUCUAUGCUGAGGACGCCCGGACGUACCCAGCCCUCGGCUCCUCGGCUCGGGUCUUCUAUGCCGAGGACUACGGGAAGUACCGGGAGCGGGAGAUGAUGUCGCGGACGUGCCCCCCGCCCCGCAGCACGCAGCCUUUGCACUUCAGUGACUGGUACGGCUCCAAGCGGGCUGCGCUGCCCUACCAGACCCUGCAAGUGUCACGCUUCACCCCGCAGCCAGCAGGGCACGAGGCUAUGGUCUCCUCCUGGCACGCUAGCUAUGGAGUAACCCCCCCACGGCUGGGCCGGGAGACCCAGCACUACUCUAAGUCUUGGGAUAACAUCCUGGCGCCGGCGGUGCACAGGGAGGAGGUCCUGCAGCGCGGGCGCAGCUACGAGAACCUGCUGGCCCGGGAGCAGCACCGUGCCUUAUCCCCCGAGGAGCGCCGCCAGCCGGUGGUGAUCAACCUGUCGAGCUCGCCCAAGCGCUACGCCGCCCUGUCCCUCUCGGAGAGCUCCAUCCUUGAGAGGGUACACGCCGAUGGUGGCCGCGGCCCCCCAGGCCGCUCCUGGUACGUCACACCGGAGAUCACCAUCACCGACAACGACAUCCGCGCCGACGGGAUGGGCAGGAGCGAGAGGCGCUCGGCUAGUUGGGACAUGCUGGACGGCGGGCGGGAGCACGGGCCCUACGCUGUGCCCAGUGCCCAGCAGCCCGUCACCAGGGAGAGUAGCUCUGGGCGCCAGCGCAGCCUGGAGCAGCUGGACGAGCUCAUCACCGACCUUGUCAUCGACUACAAGCCGACAUCAGGCCACCGCGCUGGGGACAGGGACAGCCUCGCCGAGCAGCUCAAACAGCUCCUGGGCACCAGUGCCACAGGGCCCCCGCGGCGAGGCGAGGGCAGGAGGGGUCCUCCUGGCACAUCCGAGGCACCCCGGCCCACGAAGGAGCAGCCGGGCCCCAGCUCCCGCACCAGCGCCCCACGCCCCUCGCCUGCCCCAGUGCCUGCCGGCACCUUCGAGAAGUCCCCGGACAACUGCUCGCCUGACCUGAGCGCAGAGGAGGAUGACAUGAUGAUGUGCUCCAACGCCAAGUGCCGCCGGACAGAGACCAUGUUCAACGCCUGCCUCUAUUUCAAGUCGUGCCACAGCUGCUACACCUACUACUGCUCCCGGCACUGCCGCCGCGAGGACUGGGACACGCACAAGGAGAGCUGCGUCUAUGGGCGGGUGGGCAGCGUCUGCCGCCACGUCCUGCAGUUCUGCCGUGAGAACACUGAGGUGCACAAGGCCUUCUCACGCAUUGCCAAGGUGGGUUACCUCUCCCGUGGCCGCGGUGUCCUCUUCCUGGGCUUCCCCAAUGCUGGCUCGGCGGAGAACUUCCUCCAGUUCGGGCUGGAGAGUCUGCUCAUGUCCCCCACCUACCUGUCCCUGCGGGAGCUGGAUAGCUACUCGGACAACCUGGGGGAGUAUGCCCGGGAGCUGCGGGAGACGGGCAACCAGUACGACCCCGAUGAAUGUUUCCUCCUGAAUGUAACUGUGGCCGUCACCCAAAAAGUGCCGGACAAGCCAUCGCCAAAGAUGCAGGUGCCGACGGUCAGGAAAUACGCCAAGGUGGCCUUAGCCUCCUCCAGCCCAGAGAAGAAGAUCCUGAAGAAGGAGCGGGACAUGGAGACGUUGAUCCUGACGCCGCCCCCUGGCACGGCAGAUAUCGACAAGGAGGGCGAGGAGGGCCGCAAGGCACGGGAGGUCUGCUUCAUCAACAUCCAGCGGGAGCUGCGCAUCCGCGGCGUCUUCCUGCGCCACGAGUUCCCCGCUGUCUACGAGCAGCUCUGCGACUUCGUGGAGAGCAACAAGCGCUUCACCCCCACCACCAUCUACCCCAUCGACAAGAGGACAGGCAAACAGUUCAUGUGCAUGAUCAUGGCAGCCUCUGAGCCUCGCACACUCGACUGGGUGGCCAGCCCCAACCUCCUGGAUGACAUCAUGUAAACAUGGGGUGGGGACCCCUCCAGCUCACACCCCCCCCCCGGCUCACCCCCUUUGUAGAUAGGUGUUGUCCUGUCAGCACAGUGGGACAGGAACCCUCUCUCAGAUGUGGCAGGGAGGGGAGGAGGAGGCUG